GGGGGUGGAGAAUGAAUUAAAGAGAGAUUAACUAGUGUACCUUCAGGAAGAAAACAAGAGCUGUACUUAACUGUGAGGUAAACCUUCAGGAAGAAAGAUAGUUUUCUUACUGUACAUGAGAAGCUUUCAGGAACAGAAAGAAGGUUUAGUAAAAUAAGUGGUGUGUCACAUUUCCUGAGAACAAAUUUCAGGAAAUCAUCUGGGAUAUAAACUCUGUUCAAAAGGGCAAAAGCAGUCACAUUGCUGGACAGUUUACUUCUUCCUGCAUCAUGAAAGACCGACUGGAACAGCUCAAAGCGACAUUAGACACAGAUGACCCAGAAGAUGUGGAAAUUGCUAUUGACAACCGUGCUUUCAUGGAUGAAUUUUUCCAGCAGAUUGAAGAGAUACGGCAGAAUAUCGACAAAAUCUCAGACAAUGUGGAAGAAGUAAAACGCUUGUAUAGUGUCAUUCUAUCUGCCCCAAUACCUGAGCAGAAAACAAAAGAUGAAUCUGAGCGUCUCAUGAAUGACAUCAAAAAGAUGGCAAAUGGUGUUCGCAACAAACUGAAAGCUAUUGAGCAAAACAUUGAACAAGAUGAAGUCCGAUCAUCUGCUGACCUACGGAUAAGGAAAUCUCAGCAUUCUGUUUUGUCACGGAAGUUUGUUGACGUGAUGACAAAGUACAAUGAGGCCCAAGUGGACUUCAGGGAUCGAAGCAAAAAUCGAAUACAGCGGCAACUUGAGAUCACUGGGAAGACAACAACAGAUGAGGAAUUGGAAGAAAUGUUGGAGAGUGGGAAUCCUGCUAUUUUCACAUCUGGGAUAAUAAAUGACAGCCAGAUAUCCAGGCAGGCCUUAUCAGAGAUCGAGUCACGUCAUAAUGAUAUUGUCCGCCUGGAGAGCAGCAUCAAAGAGCUCCAUGACAUGUUUCUGGACAUUGCCAUGCUGGUAGAGAACCAGGGUGAAGUUGUAGACAAUAUUGAGGCAAACGUUAUGAAAUCAGUUGAUCAUGUUGAAGCAGCCAAGGAAGAGACAAAGAAAGCUGUCAUAUAUAAUAAUAAAGCACGUAAGAAAAAAAUAAUCAUAAUCGUCAUAGUGAUAAUCCUCCUGGCAAUUCUUGCUUUGAUAAUUGGACUAUCAGUGGGUUUGCACAAAAGCUGAAGUGAACUCUGCCUCCUUCCCGAAGGAAAUUGUAAGAUGAUCAUCAUCAUCGUUGUGGUGACAGUUCUUGCAUUAAUCAUCUUGGCAAUUAUUCUAGGAACAACCCUCUGAGCGCUGACCAACUGCAAUGCACCUUCGAUCCAUUUCUUGUAGCACCUUACCCGAACCUCUGCUCCCAUCUGUGUUGCUUGCACAGGGACUCAAAGUGAAAUUUCACCUGCAUGGAUACCUCUUCCUCCCUACCUGCUUGGAUUUUUCCUCAGUGGACUUCCUUCACCACCUUUGGAUUGACCUAUGGAUGUUCGAAUACACUCCAAAAUUCAAGUCUUUGUUUGUUACAUCGCCAUUCCUCAUGUCCAAACAUCCAUCCUUUGUUGUAGUUUAGAGAAAGUUAACCACAUCAAGCACUCCUCGUUUCCUCAAGCACCCCCUUACAUUUUUUUGUUUUGUGAAUCUUUAGAAUUAACCAGAAUGCACACUGUUUCUUUGAGAUGGACACUUGCUGAUCAAGAAUACCGUUAAACAUCACAGAACAUUAAUGCAAUCGUAGUGUGGAAUUCUGAGCACAGCAUCACUCACUAUGUCCCUAGAGUGGAGUGUGCCAUUACCCAAAAAUCCAGAGAACACCACUAUAGAAUGCGGCCCAUAUAUAGGCUAGUCGAUCAUUCCAUCAAAAGGAUGGGCUUGCAUAAGAAAUCACUGUGCCACAAAUGUUUUUUUUUCUAAUAAAAAGCAAACCAAAUAGACAUCUUGGAAUGUAUGCAUCUUAUAAGUAACAACUGAAAUAUGUAUAGAUGAAACAGGAAAUCUUCAGAGACAUUUUGAAGUAGCUGCAUUGCUGCUUAACGAUGAACUGUCUAGAUAUUUCUAAUCAGACUGACAAAAAAAAAAAUAGGAGGGAGGACAUAUGAAUUGUUCUGAUUUGAUGUUUUUUUGUUGGACAUUAGGGCAAACCUCCUCCUAAGAUAAAUGUCUUUAGUUUUUAAAUUUUUAUAAUUGAAAUUU